ACACCGAUGCUUUUGCUCCUAUGAAACACAAAAAAACAAAAAACAAAAUGAUUAGAAAUGCUAAUUGGAUGGCUAUAUGUAUCCUUCUAACUAACAUUUAUUUUCUCUCUCUUUCCUGUACACAAAUGGCCAGUUUAUAGUUCAAUUUCUUUGAAUUUUGCCAAGAGCAGAGGUGAGUGGAAUGGACCUAAAUAUACCUGCUCUUCAAGCACUUGACUGUCUCGACAAAGAAGUUGGACAUAAAUUGCCUGACUUAAACUUGGAGCUUCCAUCUUUGACGGAUAAGUUGGAACCAACUUCUUCCACAACUCAUAGUUUGGAUUUAAGAUUGUUCCUUGGCCAUAAUGAGCAGCCAAGUCCAUUGAAAACUGAUUUUUCCCUUGCGACCCUGCUCGAAGACAAGCCUGGUAGCAGAUGGGUCAAGCGCCUGAAAUUGAGUGCUUCAUCUAAUGUGAAAGCAAACAAGUCCCAUUGCAAAAAUUCUAAAGUUACCAUAACAGGCUCAGUACUCACAGCUGGUAAACUUCAUUGUGAAGAAUUGAUGGAUCAUGAUAGAACUCUGGCCUUAGCAAGGAACUCGGACUCUUCUCCUAUGUACGUUAUGAAGAAACAACAUGAGUUGUUGACUUCACUGUCUUGGGUUCAAAGGUGGCUUCAUAAGAGAUCAGCCACUGCACAAAAUAGGCCUAAGUCAGUGGUGGUUUGUGAGCCUUGUGACUCAAAGUCGGAACUUGGUGAUUUCCAAAAGAAGCAGGUGCCAAGCAUUGCUGCCAUGGCGCUCAUGGGAAAGGCAAUAACCGGUUUUCAACCAUGUGAAUUCCAAAUAAGAGGCCCCUGUCUAGUUUGGAAUACCGUAGUUUCUGAAAUACGUAGCAGCAACAGUUACUUUGCUUCAGGCCAAUCAUCUGGCAGCUUUCGUCAAUGCGUGAGAGGGAUCUAGAUGCUGCUGGCUGCUGCAGUAAGUUCUAAAGCAGUUUGGUAUUUUCUAUUUGCCUAGCAGGCGAUGAGAUCACUGUACAAUGUUUGUAGUAGUGGCUGAGAUUCAGUUCAUUGGACAGUUGAACCAUGCGAUCUUUACUUUGUUGUUGAAGACACUGUGACUUCCUCCUCCUUCACCUCGUAGAAAGGUCUUCCUCGAUUAAAAAUUAACCAAUAAUGAGCUAAAUGUGUUAUAUUCCUAGCCUAUUCCGGUGUUUGGCUGGGUGGAGCUACGAGUCAGUUGGAUUAUUAGUUUUUGGUUUCGAGUUCUUGAUUAUAAUCUGUGAUUUACUGUAUUUAGGUGACUGCACCUUGUUGAUUUUACAGUUUCUUGCAUCAUGUCCUGCACAACUUUGCUAUUAGCUGUUAUUGUUUUCUUUGA